AACCAACAAAAAUGCACACUACAACUAUUCUCAUAUGCUUUUUCAUCUUUCUUGUUCAAGUCUCCACAAUGGAUGCUCACACUGACAAAUACGUCAGAACUCUGUGUGGAAAAACUGCAAUCAGAAAUAUUGCCAACCUUUGCCCGCCAAAGCCAGAAAUGAAGGGUAUCUGUUCUACCGGAGAGUAUCCAAGCAUCACCGAAUACUGUUCCAUGGGAUUUUCAGACUCUCAGAUCAAGUUUAUGUGCUGUGAUAACCAAUGAAUGGAGCUUCUCAAAUUCAAUACAUUACAUUAUUUUUCAAUGAAUCAUAUAAAGAUAAAGAUUGUUCACGUGUUA